AUGGUGGCAGCAGUGGCUUUACUGCCAUCCCCCUACGGCAAAGUUCUUGAACGCAGGUGGAUAGAUUUUGAUGGCAAGAAGUCAGUUUCAUAUUUUAUACCCUUCCAUGAUAAAAUAGCACCACCUCCAUUACUAGCUGAUGAUGAUAUCCCACCUCCACCACUUCCUAGAAAACCUUUACCAGGGAGACGAACACCAUCCGUUCCAUCAGGUCCUCCAGCGGUACCAACAUCUAGUAGACCUUCUCAACGAAAACAACAACCUCAAAAGACAUUACUAGCUGAUGAUGAUAUCCCACCUCCUACAGUUCCUAGAAAACCUUUACAAGGGAGACCAACUACAUCCGUUCCAUCAGGUCCUCCAGCGGUACCAACAUCUAGCAGACCUUCUCAACCAAAACCACAACCUCAAAAGCCAUUACCAGCUGAUGAUGAUAUCCCACCUCCUACAGUUCCCAGAAAACCUUUACAAGGGAGACCAACACCAUCCGUUCCAUCAGGUCCUCCAGCAAAACCAACAUCUAGCAGACCUUCUCAACCAAAACCACAACCUCAAAAGUUCCUUCACACCUAUGACAAAUUGGCAGGUCAGAGAGGACUUUUACUAGUGAUUAAUUUCAAAUUUGCUGGUCAAAAUGAACGUACAGCAUCAGAGGACGAUGUUCGGAAAUUACAUACAUUUUUCUCUGAGCUCGACUAUGACAUUGUUUGUCAGUCUGAUAUGACUACAAAUGAAUUGAAAAGAAGCUUAGAAAAAAUUAGAUACGAGUACUUGACAAGGCAAUCACACAAGUAUCACUGUUUCAUUUGUGUUAUUAUGAGUCAUGGCAGCGAGCUUGGAAUAGCCACCCAGGAUGGUACUAUUAAAGUAGAUGAUUUAGUCCGACCGUUUAAAAAUGAUAAUGCAUUCAGUUUCAUUGGAAAACCAAAGAUUUUCAUUAUCCAGUCAUGCCGUGGAGGUCGAUCCCAAGUCAAAGAACAGUAUAUAGAACCAAACAUAAUUAACGAAGCAGAUAGCACAGUUUGUGCAAGAUUGCCGACAGACGCUGACAUAAUUAAGAUAUUUGCAACUACCCCAGGAUAUUAUAGCUACAGAAAAGUCGAUUCAACUUCAUGGAGAGGAGCUUGGUUUAUACAAGCUUUCAUAGCUGUUGCAAGAGAGCUUCCAAAAAGCCAUAUUCAGGAGAUAUUAACGGCUGUUACGCAUGAAUUAGCGAUAAAUCCUGAAUAUGAAAUAGAUGGCGAAAAGUGUCAACUUCCAAUGUUCGAAGCUGCUCUAUCAAAAUUAUUUUAUCUUAAAUAAAUCUGCAAACAUUGCUGGAACAUAAGAAUAUCUGAAAAUUUGACACUUAGAUAUCAAAUAGUUUGUGAAAAACUUAUAUCGUUUACAUCCCAUCAGUAUUUUCAUAUUAAUCCCUAGGAGACAUAAAAUUUACAAAGAUUUCAAUAAUAAUAUGCGUAUCAUUAUUACUAAAUUUUACAUACACCAAACCAGGGACUUCAUAUCUGAAAAAAACAAUAUAUGCUCUUAAUUUUAGAAUUCAUUCAUUUCUGUUUGUAUUAUUCAAAAUUAAAAGUCCAUAUGCGUUCUACAAGGAUCAACAGUCCUUCACAUUUAAUCUGCUACCUUAAUUAUUUAAACAUAUUGUAAAAAGUUUUUAAUUUACAUGUAUAUAUAUAUGCGUAAGACUAUUUUGUUUUACAUAUUUAUAUUGAAUUACUUCUUUACGAUACGUUAUUUUUACCCAGCCCAAUUUUGUGCUGUUACAUCUUAAAAAUUCUAUCCAAAUUUGUUUUGCGUAGAUUUCCGCGCAGUGCAGUGUGGUAGUUUUUUUUUGUUUUUCUCCAUGUCGUAUGGCUUUGGACAGAGCUGUUUCUUUGAAUUUGCUCUGUUUUGCUGUGCAUGUACUGAUUUUACGUCAUGGAUGUAUACCCUGUAGUCUUUGUAUUCCUAUCAUAUUAACGGAGUGUGUCUAUCGUGAUGUUUAAAGUAAAAAAAAACAGCAUUUGCCAGUGUUUGAUGUGUAUGCUCUUCUGUAUUUUUAAAUAUUAUUGUGUAUUUAUUCUUUGACUUUUCUUUGUCUGUCAACUCAUUCUUUCAAUUUUAUUUUUUCAAAUUUUGAUUAGACACAAAUCACCUAUUCUUUGUAAUAAUUCCCAUGAACUUUACAUGUUAAACUUCAGUAAAUUGAUGGGGUGUGGGAUAUUAGCAAAACUAUGAUAAAUAUUCAAAGGAAAGUUCUUGAAGAAGAAAAAAUUGCAUCAGCAAAUAUACAAAUUUUACAUUGUUUGUGAUAAUAUUUAAAGUCGUUAUGAAUAUAAUAUGUGUUUUCAGCCGUGUAUAAACUUCACUUGUGAUUUAAUGGAUAGAGCUGUCCUAGAGUUGUCACUUGUUUAGUUAGAUGUACUUAAUCAUCAAAAGAACUAUUUCCUUCACUGAAUCUCAAAAUCCUUUUAGAAAGAUAUAUUGGGAUUAUGUGCAAUCAAUUCUAUCUUCAUUGCUAAUAGAUAUAAAAUUUUCUUAUUUGCGUAUUUUCUUACAACGCAGGAUUUGUCUAAAAAAGGUAAUUUUUCUUGAUAUAACUUAAACGUUGUUUAUAAUAAUAUUAUUUCAUUAUUAAACUGUCCAGACAAAAGCAUGUGAAGUAUACUUGAAGAGAUAUGUUUAAAUUAAUAUUAAGAUUGUGACAUUUUAUUUGUCGUGCAGCAUACCUUUUGCAAGUUUUGAACAUUCGAACUAGUGAGCCUGUCUUCAGACUAAGAUUCUCUUUCAGCCGCCUUGUUCACGUUGUUACCUAUGAUUUGCUUCCCGACUUAGAUUUACACAUUUGUGUGACAUUCAUCUCCGAUGCUUAAAACUGUUCCAGGCUAGAAUGGUUCGUUUCAUCCUGCUGCCUUUCCUGUGUACGCAUUCAACUUUUAUCUUCAAAUCUAAUUCUUCUGCCUGCGAAUCCAUUUGUUUUAAAAAAUGUUGUAUUUGAAAACGUCACGCUAAACCAUCGCAUUUCAGCGAAAGAACCAUCACACUUCAGCGUAAACCAUCGAACUUCAGCGUCCACAUCACACUUCAGCGUCCCCAUCGCACUUUCGAGUCCUUCUCUAGUUUAGUGUGUUUUUUUAAAUGAAAUGUUUUCUAAGUUGAUCGACAUAUUGUUAGAAUGAGAAAAUAUUGUACGUCGGUAAUGUUGUU